AUGUUUGGCGGUCUCUUAUCAAUCAAAGAAGAGGAAGAUCCUGGGGCUGAUAGCCCCCAGGACCUCCUCGAUAGGACUUGUAACAGCAACAUUGAGCUGGCAUCAAUCCUUCAAGACUUGAACAUUGAUCCCACCCUUCUGUUGGCACCCCAGUCUCCACCUCAACAUAGUCCAGUCCCAUCUAUCAGCCAAGCAGCAUCUUGCCAAGCAGUGUCUCCAGUUGCAUCAAGUUCGGAAUUUCUCUCAGUACAUGCCAAGCGAAAACACAUCCAUGACCUGACUUGUGAAGAGACACCAGCCGAACCUAAAGGGCCUAUGCAAAAGAAGGCACAACUCACUACUGUAUCACAGGACUUAGAAGGAGAGCACAAGCUUGCUGUAUCGGAGCAACGGAUGUCUGGUUCAGAUUCAACAGCUAUUCAGCUAUUCAAAGUUUUUUCACAUCCCACAAGCCGCUUGCUGACUCAACUUCCGUCAAAGUUCAAACUGGCUAAAAGUGGGUGUGAGGCUUUCUGGAGGAAGCACUGUCUUGCUAUCUCACUUGUCAAGGCCGACACAAAUAAGAAACAUCGCAAGACUCAAGUUUGCAGCCAGUGUCGUACCAUUAAGUUCCCUGGAUCAACAGACCCAGCAUACAACCACAAGAAGAAACAUUGCUCUGACAAAGUCCCUGUGACCAUCAACAAGCCGGCUUCAGAUCUCCCACCCUGGCCUCAACCUCAAGGAAUCUUUAACACUGAUGGGGCCGACCUUGCAAUGGAGUAUGAGGCACUCACCAAGAUGCUCACCAAGCGCGUUGUUGAUCCUUCCAUGCCCAACUUCACCGUUAUUUGCAACGGCCAGAAUUUCUUACGGAUUGACUGUCUCUGUCAGACUUAA